AUGGUUCUCACAGGGGAUUGGAAUACUAAUUGGGACAACUUCAGGGAUGAAUUCGAGGACUAUGCGCUGGCGACCGGUCUACAUGAGAAACCCAACGAGGUACAAGCGGCAACUCUGAGGAGUUUAAUGGGCAGCGAAUGCAGGCAUAUCUACCGGCACAAUCUCACCCUCACGGCACGACAACAGUGUGAUGCAAAGGCUAUAUUGGAUGCAUUGGAGAAUUACUUCAAACCCGCCAGAAACGUCAUUUACGAGCGGUUCGUUUUCGGAAGCUGCAAACAGGAAGAGGGCUCUACAUGCGAACGCCUGGGACUGAUGCAGUUCACUGUACCAAAUGACCUGCACAUUGUGGAUCAUGUCCAGCAUGGACCCCUGUCCAAAGAACAACUACUCAGCAGAUAUGACGAUGUAUUCAACAUGCCCGUUGAAUCAGUGCCUGGGGAGGUACACUUUGAAGUGGAUGAGAGCAUCACUCCAGUCCAGUGUGCUCCUCGCAAUGUGCCCAUUGCAAUGAAAGUGGCUGUGAAGGCCCAGCUGGACAAGUAUGAGGCCGAUGGCCACAUGACAUCUGUGACUGAACCAACUGACUGGAUUAGCAAUAUGGUCAUAGUGAAAAAAACAGAGAAGCUGAGGGUCUGCAUCGACCCAAAGCAUCUGAACCAAGCACUGAAACGAUCCCACUACAUCAUGCCGACACUAGAGGAUGUCCUCUAUAAGCUUCCCAAGGCCAGGAUUUUCACCUUGGUGGAUGCCCGAGAUGCAUUCCUUCAAUUGGCGCCUGAGGUAUACCAACGCAAGCAGCACGAGUUACUGGCUGGGCUCAAGGGCAUUGAACCCAUCGCCGAUGAUAUCCUGAUCGUAGGCUGUGGUGAAACAGACGAAGAAGCAGAACGCGACCACGAUGUGAAGCUCCUGGCACUGAUGGAGCGCUGCCGAUCAGUUAAGCUUCGUCUUGGCCUGAAGAAGCUGCAGUUCAAGGUGAAAGACGUCCACUUCCAUGGCCACAUUCUCUCGGCAAAAGGCCUGAAGCCGGACCCAGACAAGGUCCAAGCGAUCCUCGACAUGCCAAACCCGUCUGAUGCAAAAGGAGUACAGCGUCUCAUCGGCUUUGCAAACUAUCUUGCAAAGUUCAUGCCACACCUAUCAGCAGUCUGUGAGCCUCUGCGCCGGUUGCUGGACAAAGACACACCGUGGCACUGGCUACCCAAGCACGAGGCCGCAGUGCAGGAGAUGAAAUCUCUGGAUUCAUACAUGCCAGUGUUGCGCUACUACGACGUCACGAAGCCUGUCACAAUCCAGAGCGACUCUAGCCAAAGGGGACUUGGAUGCUGCCUUAUGCAGGAAGGCCAGCCCGUUGCGUUUGCCUCGAGAGCGCUCACCCCCACCGAACAAAACUAUGCACAAAUUGAGAAAGAGUGCCUCAGCAUCGUCUUCUCCUGCCAGCGAUUCCAUCACUCACUACAUCACUACUCCAUCACUACUAUGGUCGAGAGCUGUAAACCUCUCCUCAACGCGCCCAAGAGGCUUCAAAGCAUGCUCCUGACUCUGCAAAACUACAGCCUGAAGGUCAUUUACAAGCCAGGACCAGAGAUGUACAUCAGCGACACACUGAGCAGGGCAACAGCACAAUGUACAGGUAGAGGCACUGCCUAUCAGCGGCAGGCCAUCUGUUCACUACAGCAGGAACAACAAGAUGUUCAACAGAUCAAUCAGGCAGACUACUUAAACGUCACAGAUCACCGCCUAGCCCAGAUCAGGCAACAUACUGACAAGGACGAACACCUACAGUCACUGAAGUCCAUGGCUCUCGCAGGUUGGCCAUAUCUGAAAGAGGAGACACCUUUCACAGUGAGAGAAUACUGGACCUUUCGAGAUGAGAUCAGUGUGCAAAAUGGCGUCUUGUUCAGAGGUCAGAAGGUCAUUAUUCCCAAAUCACUACGUCCAGAGAUGCUUACCCGCAUACACUCCAGUCACGUUGGAGGUGACGCAUGCUACCGCCAGGCUCGUGAAACAUUAUACUGGCCAAACACGCAAGCAGAAAUUAAAGACUUUGUCAGCAACUGUACCACAUGCAACGAGUACGCUCAUGAACAGCAAAAGGAAACCAUGAUGUCACACGAACUGCCCACAAGGGCCUGGCAAAUCAUCAGCAUGGACUUAUUCAGCCACAGACAAAAGGACUAUCUUCUCAUCGUUGAUCAUUACUCUGACUUUUGGGAAAUUGAACUGCUCCCUGACUUGUCUGCAGAGACGGUCAUAAAGCGCUGCAAGGCGCAGUUUGCAAGACAUCCAAAAGCAAAUGGCAAGGCAGAAUCAGCUGUCAAGAUUGCAAAAAACCUGUUAAGCAGGGCCUUGCGCGACAGCAACGACCCAUGGAAAGCGAUCUUACAGUGGAGGAACACACCCACCGAAAACAUGGACAGCAGCCCAGCACAACGCCUUCUGUCCAGACGUCUGAAGACUACUAUCCCCAUAGCUAACAAGCUACUUGAGCCCUGCGUCAUGGUUGGCGUCACGGACAAACUGCGUCACAGAAAGCAGCUCGCUAAGUGCUUCUACGACCGGACUGCUCGAGACCUACCAGAGCUGGAGUUGGGUGAAACUAUAAGGAUGAAACCGCUGCCGGGAGACCACACAGGACUUUGGAGGCUGGGCACAUGCCUACAGAGAGUUGCACCACGUUCUUACCUGGUGGAUGUUGGUGGCUCCCUCUAUCGUCGCAAUCGGGUGGAUCUGCGCGUAGCAGAGCAGACAAACCAGAACAUGUCAUACACUCACCUAGAUGAGCUGGAUCACAGUCCAGGCCUAAGGGCCUCUAUGAGAAGUCAUGAAGCCAACCUGCAGCCAGGCAUCACAGGCCACAGGCCAUGGGGCAGAUGUAUGGGCAGUGACUGUGGCCCAGGUGGCAGCCAGAGUCGGGCUGUGUGGUGUGCCCACGUGGACGGCUGGACCACCCUCCACACCAACUGUGACCAGUCCCAGCGGCCUACCAACCAGCAGAACUGCUUCCGUGUAUGUGACUGGCACAAGGACCUUUACGACUGGAAACUGGGUGCCUGGAACCAGUGUGUGUCCGUGUCAGCAAGGACCUUUGGGGGCAUGCGGCCAUACGUAUGCAAUGGGGGUGAGGAGGGCAUUCAGACUCGGGAGGUGGGCUGCAUACUAAGGUCAGACGAGUCUCCCGGAGACGACAACAUCUGUGAGUACUUUGAGCCCAAGCCUCGACUAGAGCAGGCCUGCCUCAUCCCCUGCCCUCAUGACUGUGUAGUGUCUGAGUUCACCCCCUGGACAUCCUGCUCAAAAACCUGUGGAACCGGCCUAAAGAACCGGGUGCGCAGUGUCCUGGUGCCUCCACUCUUCGGGGGUUCCGCCUGCCCCAACCUGACUGAGUUCCAGACCUGUAAGCCAGGGCCUUGUAAGGGGCCUGAGGGGGUGUACAGCCUCAGGGUGGGGCCCUGGAUGCCUUGUUCUCUCCCCAUUUCCCGCCCGGUGCGGCAGGCCAAGCGUAGGAAGGGUAAAGGGGGGGCCAGGGAGAGGCCUGGGGUCAAAGACCCUGAUACUAGGGAGCUGAUCCAGAAGAAACGGACCAGGAACCGGCUCAACAGGCAGGAGAGCCCCUUCUGGGACAUCCAGGUGGGAUACCAGAGUCGCACGGUGUCCUGUGCACACAGGAACGGGAGCACGGUGGGACUCAGUCGGUGUCUGCCCAGGGACCUCCCUCUGACGGUCCAGUCCUGCAUCCUCGCUAAGGACUGUAAGCUGAGCGAGUGGGCAGACUGGGGCCCCUGCUCCAAGGCCUGUCUAGACCCAGACCCUGAGUCCCCCCGGGGCCAACGCUCCAGGACCAGACGCGUGCACCAGUUCUCCGUGGGGGAGGGGGAGGACUGUCCGCCGCUGGAGGAGACGGAGCCAUGUGACCCCCAGGGGGAUGGAGUACUGCCCUGCGCCACUUACACCUGGAGGACUACAGAGUGGAGCGACUGUAGGGUGGAUUCAUUGCUAAGCCAACAGGACCGUCGGCGUAGCAACCAGACUGGCCUGUGUGGGGGAGGCCUCCAGAAUCGAGAGGUGUACUGUGUCCAGGCCAACGCCGAACUACUGACCUACCUCAACAACCUCAAAGACAAAGAUGCAUCCCGUCCUGUGGACAGCAAGCUGUGUGGGGGUCCCAUCCCCAACACGUCCCAGCUGUGUCACAUCCCCUGUCCCAUCGAGUGUGAAGUGUCUCCAUGGGGGGCCUGGGGACCCUGCACCUAUGAGAACUGUGAUGUCCAAGAAGGGAAGAAAGGUUUUAAACUGAGGAAACGGGAGAUGAGCAAUGAGCCAACAGGUGGACCAGGGAACUGCCCUCACCUGGUGGAGGCUGUCCCAUGUGACGAACCCAGCUGCUGGGACUGGCGCCUGGUCAGACUGGAUGAGUGUAUCCCCGACGGGGAGCUGCCGUGUGGCUCCGGGACACAGAUACCUCAGGUCCAGUGUGUCAACAGCACCGGUGACAUGGUGGACAAGGAGUUGUGUGGGGGAGCCCCUGCCCCUGAGCCCAUCGCCUGUGAUGUGCCUUGCCCUAAGGACUGUGUCCUCAGCGACUGGACCUCCUGGUCCUCCUGCUCCCAAACCUGUUCCAGUAAAACCAUCGAGGGCAAGCAGCUGAGGACCCGCUCCGUACUGGCCUACAACGCUGGCGAAGGUGGUGGCAUGUGCCCCAACAGCAGUUCUCUACAGGAGGUGCGUAACUGCAACGAGCAUGCAUGUACAGUGUAUCACUGGCAGACUGGCCCCUGGGGCCCCUGUACUGAAGAUCCCUCAGCCUCAGCCCUCAACACCACCACUGGCCCCAGGUCUGCUGCUGGCCCAAACACCAAUGGGCAGGGCCCCUGCUCCCAGGGCAUGCAGACACGCAAGGUCAUCUGUGUCCGGGUCAACGUGGGACAGGUGCCGCCCAAGAAAUGUCCUGAGAGUCCUCGUCCAGGUACAGUGCGGCCCUGUCGAAUGCCCUGUAAGAAGGACUGCAUCGUAACCCCCUUCAGCGUCUGGUCCCAGUGCUCUCCCACCUGUGAUGCAGCUGGUAACAUUCAGAAGAAGAAGCAGUCGAGAAAACGCGUCAUCCUCCAGCUGCCAGCCAACGGGGGCCAAGACUGUCCUGAGGUGCUGGAGGAGGAGAAGGACUGUGAGGCUCCUAAAGUCUGCCCUGGUUACAGGUGGAAGUCACACAAAUGGAGAAGGUGUCAAUUGGUGCCAUGGUACAUCAGGGAGGACAGCCCAGGGGCUCAGGAGACAUGUGGACCAGGUCUUCAAACAAGAGCCGUGUCCUGUCGCCAGCUGGACGGAGCGCAGGCAGACAUUGGAGAGUGUCUGAAGUUUGCCAACACCAUGCCCCCCAUCACUCAGCGGUGCCAGCUCCCAUGCCAGGAUGAUUGCCAGCUCACCAACUGGUCCAAGUUCUCGUCCUGCACAGCUGACUGUGUGGGGGUCCGUACCAGGAAGAGGUUACUUGUAGGGAGAAGCAAGAAGAAGGACAAGUGUAAGAACACCCAGAUGUACCCUCUGAGCGAGACCCAGUACUGCCCGUGUGACAAGUACAACGCCCAGCCCGUGGGCAACUGGUCCGACUGCAUCCUGGCCGGGGGAGACCGGGUGGAGAGCCUCCUGGGCAUGAAGGUCCAGGGGAACGUCAAGGAGUGUGGCCAGGGCUACCGUUACCAGGCCAUGGUGUGUUACGACCAGGACAACAGACUGGUGGAGACCUCACGAUGCAACAGCCACGGCUACAUUGAGGAGGCAUGCAUCAUCCCCUGUCCGUCAGACUGUAAGCUCAGCGAGUGGUCCAACUGGUCCCGGUGCAGCAAGUCAUGUGGUAGCGGGGUCAAAGUGCGUUCCAAGUGGCUCCGGGAGAAACCGUACAACGGAGGGCGACCCUGCCCCAAACUGGACCACAUCAACCAGGCCCAGGUGUAUGAGGUUGUGCCAUGUAUUAGUGACUGCAGUCAGUAUGUGUGGGUGGCUGAACCCUGGAGUGUGUGGAAGGUCAGUAACUUGGACCUGAAGGAGAACUGUGGAGAGGGCGUCCAGACACGCAAAGUCAGGUGUAUGCUGAACACUAUUGACGGUCCAUCUGAGUCUGUGGAGGACUACCUGUGUGACCCGGAGGACAUGCCCUUGGGGACGCGGGGAAGCCGGCUGCCCUGCCCCGAGGACUGUGUCCUCUCUGACUGGAGCAGCUGGAACCGCUGCAGCCUGCCAUGCAGUUACAACAAUAGCAGGAAACGGACAGCCUACGCCAUCCGGUCACCUGGAGCAGGGAGACAAUGUCCGGACACCACAGAGAAGGAGCCAUGUAGUCUGAACCUGAACUGCUUUCACUAUUUCUACAACAUCACAGACUGGAGCACAUGUCAGCUAAGUGCCAAUGCUGUGUGUGGGAAUGGCAUCAAGACGCGGAUGCUGGAUUGUGUACGCAGCGACGGCAAGUCUGUCGACCUCAAGUUCUGUAAGGAGCUGAGCCUGGAGAGGAAGUGGCAGAUGAACAUUUCCUGUGUGGUGGAGUGUCCCGUCAACUGCCAGCUCUCUGAUUGGUCGGCCUGGUCGGAAUGCUCGCACACGUGUGGAUUGGAUGGGCGGAUGUGGCGUAGCAGGGUGGUGGUGCAGGGGUCCCAGGGAGACGGGCGUCCCUGUCCCUCUCAGCUGGAGCAGUGGAAACCUUGUCCUGUCAGACCCUGUUACAGGUGGCAGUACAGCCCCUGGUCUGAGUGCAGAGUGGAGGAGGUGGUAUGCGGAGCGGGACUUCACUACCGGAACCUGUCGUGCUUCGUGUCGGACGGCUCCAGAGAGGGAGAGGGCAGCAUGGUGGAGGAGGAGCUGUGUGGGGGUCUGGAGCUGGCUGUCAACAGAGACAAAGUGAUCAUACUGAAGGAGACCUGUGUUCUGCCCUGUCCAGGUGAAUGCUACCUGAUGGAGUGGUCUGACUGGAGCCCGUGUCUGAGUGUGUGUGCCAAAGGGGCCGGCGUGGACUUUGGCUCGGUCCAGGUGCGCUCGCGAGCCGUCAUGGCCCAGGAGCCUGAGAAUGUCCAGCUGUGUCCUGACCAGGACUGGGAGUCCCGACCCUGCAUUGAUGGGGAGUGUUUUGAGUACAAGUGGAUGAGCAGCACGUGGUCAGGCUCCUCUCGUGUCACCUGGUGUCAGCGCUCUGAUGGACUCAACGUCACUGGAGGAUGCCCCCCUAUCAAUCCUCCAGGAGACGACAACAACUCCUGUGACCCGCCGUGUCAAAUGCCAAUGUCCUUCUGCACUGAGGCCAGCAUGUGUAUGUGCGAGGAGGGUUACACCGAGGGGAUGUCCUCCAGUGGCCAGCUGAACCAGUGCUCCCCCAUACCCAUCCUGGAAAUCCCCACAGCCGGGGACAAGAAGACUGACGUGAAGACCAGCCGUGCCAUCAACCCCACCCUGCCUGCCACCAUACAGCCUGGACGCACCGGACGCACCUGGUACCUGCAGCCCUUUGGACCAGAUGGCAAGCUGAAGACGUGGGUAUAUGGUGUAGCAGCGGGAGCCCUGGUACUGCUCAUGUUCAUAGUGUCUAUGAUAUACCUAGCUUGCAAAAAGCCAAAGAAACCAAAGAGACAGAGGCAGAUGAACAACCGACUGAAACCUCUCACCCUAGCCUAUGAUGGGGACGCUGACAUGUAGGACUCUGGGAUAGCCUAGUCCUCCAGAGACCUGCCACACCUGCCGUAAAAACAAAGAGACAUAUCCCAUCAUAGGAAGGACAGGGAUGUUUUCAUCUGCAGAUCAGAAGAAGAAGACCAACGGCCAUCUUGAAUCCAUUUUGGGUCCUCAUGAGUUAAAUGGAGAUUGGAAUUGAGGAAACAUUUCUCCACUUAGAGAUACUUGGGUUUAGUCCAUUUCAAGCAGCAGUUCUCCUUUUUCCCCCAUUUUCUUUUGUGAUAUUUCCUUAAGCAAAAGCCUUCAAGGCCUCCACUCACUACGAGGAAAAUGCCUUUUUUUGUUUGCCCUUUUUGCUUUCAAAUGGAAGGGCUGCUGCGAAGAGAAACUUUUUUCUCCUUGAACACAAACAGCACAAGCUCAUUUCUUUGCUGUGUUUUCUGCUUGUCACUGAAACGUUGAGUAGCUGGAGGCUUAGGAUGCACUGACGGUUCGCACGUUGCCAAAAGUCACCGCAGGGAAGGGGAGAAAAUCUCCAUGAAAAGGCUUGGAUUUAUUUCCUUUCUGGAUUUUGACUGAAAUCUCCUUCUUCGGUCGCAAACAAAGAGAUACUUUUGGUUUCCGGUUGAUUCCUAGGCAGUGGACUAUCUUGAAGGAUAAACAUAUACAGACAGAGAACACAAGAUGAGAAAAAAAUCCCUGGUUACUGGAUCUAUUGCCUGUCUCCCUUUUGCUUUGUUUCAGGCACUAUUAUUGCACUACAUUAGUGCAGCAUGAUAUGCACAUGAUGACUUAUACGUUGUAUUGCCAUAGAACAUUGCCUCUCUUAAGACACAACCAUAUGCAGUUGGAAAUAAAAUGUGAAAAUAAUAGGCAUUUUCAAGACCAUGGAUACAUGAUAACUGCAGAUGAUGUCCACAUUCUAUAACACAGGGGGUGUGAAUCAAUAGUAAAUAUGUAUAGAUUUUAUUUUGUCACAACUCAUUUUGUUUUUGGUCCAGUAUCUUUUGUGGUCUAUAUACUGUAGUUUGCUUGGUAUUGUCCCUCUCUCUGCCUGAAUGAAAUCGAAUAGACAACUUAAAUGAGGACCAUUGAUUCUGUUCUUGCUUACAAUGAGAUAUUUCCAAUGGUUUAAAUGUUGUAAAUAUGAAACAUAGUCCAUAUGUACAUGGAAGAUAAAUGGGCAAAUGGAUUUUCUUAUUUUUUCGAUAACUUGUUUCGCAAAAAACAAAACCCUUCUGAAGCUAAAACGAUGUGUGUGACUACUAUUGUAUUUUUGUCUAACUUCUAAUGUCACGCAAACCUAACUUCUGCCUUAUUGUCAAUGAUCAACUAUCUACAGUACCAUAUACAUUCAUGAAACCAACAUAUUUAAUAAUGGGUGCAGCACAGGUUUAAUACUGUAUGUCAUUGAUUCAUGUGAUGAAUGAUUGAUGAAUUUGGUGAUUGAUGAAUUUAGACGGAAGUUGAACAGUACCAUUUUCUUGGACAAAGGCUCUAGGAACACUACAGUUGUUUUCAGUUCUGACUUCUUAAGACUCUCGAAAUGUCCUUUUUCACAAUGACCCAUAUCAUAGUGCCCUUAGACAUAUGAUAAUGAUGCAGUUUGUUCUCUCGGCGUACAAUAUUACAUCAUAUAUUCUGUAUAUAUUGAGGUCCAUCUAAGCAGCCUUCAUUACAGUAUAGGAAUACAGAGGGAAUAUAAUGCCGCUGUUCUACAGUGGCAGAAUUCGACCACUGCCUGAUCUCUAGAAGAACAGCUGAUGAGGAGAAUGUUUACUUUUUUGUCAGUUUUCCUUGUAAAAAAUAACAUUUUUUAUUUUUUGGGAAAAAAAGGUCAACAUAUGUGAACAUUUAUUUUGUAUUGCACAGAAAUGUUUAGUUUGAAUAUUGCAGUGGGUGUAUGAUAUUACAGAUGGGGGUUCUCUUGAAGCAAGUUGUGUGUUGUAAAAAAAAAAGAUAAGACUCCAUCGUUUUGUAAAGAUUGUUUAUAUAUGUAUCGGAAGUAUUACUAAAAAUAAAUGAAGAAAAUGUU